CUUCGGUCCGCCUUCUUCGCUUGAUUCAUACGCCAGUUAUCGGUCCAUCCAUCCUAACUCCACUUCUCAACGAAGUCGAUCGCGCUGGGGCCUCUGCUGGAUCUGAGCCGCUGCGCAUAAGGUACCAGACGACCGGGCCUGAGCUGCUAGAUCGGUCUCUCAUUCUUCAGAGCCAUCCACUUAGAAGACUGGAACUAGUUUUGGUUCUCUCCGUUAAUGGUCCAACUGAUCUUAAGCGAUCCACGUCCUCCCGGUCACCUGCUAGUGACCUCCAUCGGCAGCCACGGGCUUGAGCUGCCAGCACAACCCCGCUUGACUCGUUCCCUCGUGCUCCCCAGCCGCGGAUGAGAUGGAUGCCGUUCUGCGGAACUUCAAGUUGAUUCCCUGCCCCACAGGGGACAGCUGCACCAAGGCCAACUGCCCGUGGCAACACCCUCGGGACCAAAGCACUCCAACGAAACAAGCAGAUGGUGGUAGCCAGGAUGAAGACGGGCCACGAAAACGUCGAAAGGUCUCUUCCGAGCCUGCGUCUACCCCGGAUCAGCCUACUCCGGCGAAGCCUCAGCCUUCCACAGCCAAAGGCCCGGUUUCGCCGCCACCCUUGAAGCGAAAACAGCCCGAGCUGCCAGGCCAACCAGCUGCGGGUGCAACACCAACCAAGCCAUCACCAAACUCGGUCCCAUCUCCCUCGACUAGUAAAGGCCCUGAACAGGGUGCCACGCCCCGAAAGGUUACACCGCAACAGGCCACGCCACAAAAGGUCGAACCUAGGAAGCCUGAAUCACUCAAUCCCCGACACCUAAAGACAGCUGCGCCAGCUCCCCACGACUUUCGAUAUAAAGCUCUCAAGCUUCUUCACGAGCAAUUCCAACGCCUCAACAACGAGCUGAAGAAAGACGCCAAGGAAGAUGAGCAGCAGCUGGUUUUGUCGGCCCAAGAACUCAUCUGGUUAGCAUUGGACGAGGAGCAGAAAAUGGCGACGGAGAAGCCGUCUAUCUACCAGAACGUUAUCAAAAACCGCAUCAUGACCUACAAGAGGAUGACCGUCGGCCAGUGGAGGGACGAGCGCGUUGCCGAGCGCAAGAAGAAAGAAGCCGCAGCAACACCGGGGUCGAACACACCAAGAAAACCGGUCCUGGGACCGCCCAAGGUCAUAAACACAGGCCUCACGCCCGAGCAGGAAGUCAAGUUCCUUGUCUACUUGCAAACGCCGAUUGAUAAGCUCGCCCAGUGGGGCUAUGUUCCGUCAGCCCCUACCGAGGAGGAGAUUAGCAAGGCGCGCGAAGGGGAAGAGGCGUCGUUGGGUUACGAAGUGUGCGACCGCUGCAGGACGCGCUUCCAAGUGUUUCCCGGUCGCCGCGAGGAGGAUGGGGCUCUCACAUCGGGCGGCAAAUGCGUCCAUCACCCGGGCAAGGCGUACUACCCCGAACGGAGCCUCGGCGACACGGAGAAACCGUCCAGACGGUACCGGUGCUGUCAGCAAGUGGUGGGUGAGUCAGCAGGCUGCGUGAGCAGCAACACGCACGUCUUCAAGACGACGUCGCCGGCGCGCCUGGCGUCUAUCAUCCCGUUCGCCGAGACCCCGCCGAAUCCGCUCGCGCCAAAGGACCGCGCCGUCUGCUUCGACUGCGAAAUGGGCUACACGGUGCGCGGGAUGGAGUUGAUCCGACUGACGGCCACGAGCUGGCCGGACGGAAAGGAGCUCUUGGACGUCCUGGUGCGGCCGGUGGGCGAGAUUUUGGACCUCAACUCGCGGUAUUCUGGUGUGUGGCCGGAGGACAUUGUCAAUGCCGAGCCGUGGUCGGGUGAGGAGGAUGUAAACAGUGGACCCCAGGAGGAGGAGGAUGAGGGCGGAGACGGGAGGGCGCCCGAAGGGGGCAAGCCCAGGGCGCGGAAGAAGAUGCGAAUCGUCCCAUCGCCCGUCGUGGCUCGCAACCUGCUCUUCUCGCUCAUCUCGCCCGACACGCCACUGAUUGGGCACGGCUUGGAAAACGAUCUCAACGCAGUCCGAAUCAUCCAUCCUACCCUCAUCGACACCAUCCUGUUGUUUCCUCACCGCCGCGGCCUACCGAUGCGGUACGGUCUCAAAAUGCUCAUGGAGACGCAGCUCAACAAGGCAAUCCAAGUGGAAAUCGAGGGCGAAGAGAUGGGGCAUGACAGUGCCGAGGAUGCCCGGGCUGCGGGCGAGCUAGUACGGCUCAAGGUCCAGGAGAAGUGGAACGCCAUGAAGGGCGAGGGAUGGCGCUUGGUGAACGGGGAGUUUGUGCCGCCCGGGGGAAGGAAGGAUGGGGAGGGCAAGCUGAGCGAGGCGUUUCUUGAAAGCUAGGAGGCACGCGUGCGCAGCUAGUCUGCGAGAGACUGAGGGCUGUCUAGCUGAUAGGCAUUGGAAGGGGG